CGCCCGGAGCCAGCGGCGGCGGCAGCGGCAGAGGCUGCGGGAGCAGAGCGGUCGCCGGGCGCGCAGGGGGACGCCGGCUGCACUCCCGGGCAGGCGCUCUGCAAUGAGACAGUAAAUGCAUCCCCCGCGUGCUGCUGCAGGGUAACAUCUGGACUGGGCUCCUGGACCCUUGGAUGCUUGGCUGCCCACAAGUUUUUGGAUUGACUUGUUGAAAGCAGUAGUGGUGAAGGCUUCUCAGAUGCUUCAGGAUAUCUUCAGGGAAAUCGACUCUACAUAAACUGAGAAUUUAGACAUUCUACGUGAGACUCUUCAAAUCAUCUAGGAAGAUGGUGGCCCUGUCCUUAAAGAUUUGUGUCCGCCACUGCAACGUGGUGAAGACCAUGCAGUUCGAACCAUCGACGGCCGUGUAUGAUGCGUGUCGGGUCAUUCGGGAACGGGUACCCGAGGCACAGACUGGCCAAGCUUCAGACUAUGGGCUGUUUCUCUCUGAUGAAGACCCCAGGAAAGGAAUUUGGCUGGAAGCAGGCAGAACACUGGAUUACUACAUGUUGCGAAAUGGGGAUAUUUUGGAAUAUAAAAAGAAGCAGAGACCUCAGAAAAUCCGGAUGCUAGAUGGAUCUGUGAAAACAGUGAUGGUGGACGACUCCAAGACGGUUGGGGAGCUCCUGGUUACUAUUUGCAGCAGGAUUGGAAUAACAAACUAUGAAGAAUACUCCUUAAUCCAAGAAACAAUUGAAGAAAAGAAAGAGGAAGGGACGGGCACGCUGAAAAAAGACAGGACACUGUUACGAGACGAGAGGAAAAUGGAGAAGUUGAAGGCUAAGCUUCACACGGACGAUGACUUAAAUUGGCUGGAUCACAGCCGAACAUUCAGAGAACAAGGAGUAGAUGAAAACGAAACGUUGCUGCUUAGACGGAAGUUCUUUUACUCGGAUCAGAAUGUAGACUCGAGAGACCCUGUGCAGCUGAACUUGCUCUAUGUUCAGGCUCGGGACGAUAUACUGAACGGCUCCCACCCUGUCUCCUUCGAGAAGGCUUGUGAGUUUGGUGGAUUUCAAGCCCAGAUACAAUUUGGACCUCAUGUGGAGCACAAACACAAACCCGGAUUCCUAGAUCUAAAGGAAUUCCUGCCCAAAGAAUACAUCAAGCAGAGAGGAGCUGAAAAGAGAAUAUUUCAGGAGCACAAGAACUGUGGAGAGAUGACUGAAAUAGAAGCCAAGGUCAAGUACGUCAAACUUGCUCGGUCCCUCCGGACAUACGGUGUGUCCUUUUUCCUGGUGAAGGAAAAGAUGAAAGGCAAGAACAAGCUGGUGCCUCGCCUGCUGGGGAUCACCAAGGAUUCGGUGAUGCGGGUGGAUGAGAAGACCAAGGAAGUGCUGCAGGAGUGGCCACUCACCACGGUCAAGCGCUGGGCAGCCUCACCCAAGAGCUUCACGCUGGAUUUUGGGGAGUAUCAAGAAAGCUACUAUUCAGUACAAACCACGGAGGGAGAGCAAAUAUCCCAGCUGAUUGCGGGCUACAUCGACAUCAUCCUCAAAAAGAAACAAAGUAAAGAUAGAUUUGGGCUAGAGGGUGAUGAGGAGUCAACUAUGUUAGAAGAGUCCGUGUCCCCCAAAAAGUCCACCAUCUUGCAGCAGCAGUUCAACCGGACCGGGAAGGUGGAGCACGGCUCAGUGGCACUGCCGGCCGUGAUGCGCUCGGGCUCCAGCGGGCCCGAGACCUUCAACGUUGGCAGCAUGCCCUCACCACAGCAGCAGGUCAUGGUUGGGCAGAUGCACCGAGGCCACAUGCCCCCGCUGACCUCGGCCCAGCAGGCCCUCAUGGGGACCAUCAACACGAGCAUGCAUGCUGUCCAGCAGGCCCAGGACGACCUCAGCGAGCUUGACUCAUUGCCACCUCUUGGCCAGGAUAUGGCGUCUAGGGUAUGGGUUCAGAAUAAAGUCGAUGAAUCCAAACACGAAAUCCACUCUCAAGUCGAUGCCAUCACAGCUGGAACAGCUUCAGUUGUUAACCUCACUGCCGGUGACCCUGCAGACACCGACUACACAGCUGUGGGAUGUGCAAUCACCACCAUUUCUUCCAACCUGACGGAGAUGUCCAAGGGCGUGAAGCUGUUGGCGGCCCUCAUGGACGAUGAAGUGGGCAGUGGGGAAGACUUGCUCAGAGCCGCAAGGACCCUCGCUGGGGCAGUGUCAGACUUGCUGAAAGCUGUACAGCCUACUUCUGGAGAGCCUCGACAGACAGUUUUGACUGCUGCUGGAAGUAUUGGACAAGCCAGUGGAGAUCUUUUGAGACAGAUUGGAGAAAAUGAGACUGAUGAGCGAUUCCAAGACGUUUUAAUGAGUUUGGCCAAAGCUGUUGCCAAUGCCGCUGCCAUGUUGGUCCUGAAAGCAAAGAAUGUUGCCCAGGUAGCUGAAGACACAGUCCUACAGAACAGGGUGAUUGCAGCUGCCACCCAGUGUGCCCUCUCCACCUCCCAGCUUGUGGCGUGUGCCAAGGUGGUGAGCCCCACCAUCAGCUCCCCUGUGUGCCAGGAGCAGCUGAUUGAAGCGGGGAAGCUGGUAGAUCGCUCGGUGGAGAACUGCGUCCGUGCCUGCCAGGCAGCCACUGAUGACAGCGAGCUCCUGAAGCAGGUCAGCGCAGCGGCCAGCGUGGUCAGCCAGGCCCUGCACGAUCUCCUGCAGCACGUGCGACAAUUUGCCAGCCGAGGCGAGCCCAUUGGCCGCUACGACCAGGCCACCGACACCAUCAUGUGUGUCACCGAGAGCAUCUUCAGCUCCAUGGGCGAUGCUGGUGAAAUGGUGCGCCAGGCCCGGGUGCUGGCCCAGGCCACGUCAGACCUCGUCAACGCCAUGAGGUCCGAUGCAGAAGCUGAAAUCGACAUGGAGAAUUCAAAGAAGCUCCUGGCAGCGGCAAAACUCUUGGCAGACUCCACCGCUCGCAUGGUAGAAGCUGCAAAGGGAGCUGCAGCCAACCCUGAAAAUGAGGACCAGCAGCAAAGACUGAGAGAAGCUGCAGAAGGUCUCCGGGUGGCAACCAAUGCUGCUGCCCAGAAUGCCAUCAAGAAAAAAAUUGUCAACCGAUUGGAGGUUGCAGCUAAGCAGGCUGCGGCUGCGGCCACGCAGACCAUCGCCGCCUCCCAGAAUGCAGCCGUGUCCAACAAGAACCCCGCAGCCCAGCAGCAGCUGGUUCAGAGCUGCAAGGCAGUGGCUGAUCACAUCCCUCAGCUGGUCCAGGGGGUCAGAGGCAGCCAAGCCCAAGCAGAAGACCUCAGUGCCCAGCUGGCUCUCAUCAUCUCGAGCCAGAACUUCCUCCAGCCUGGAAGCAAGAUGGUGUCCUCUGCCAAAGCCGCAGUGCCCACAGUGAGCGACCAGGCAGCAGCCAUGCAGCUGAGCCAGUGUGCCAAGAACCUUGCCACCAGCUUGGCGGAGCUGCGUACCGCCUCACAGAAGGCCCAUGAAGCCUGUGGUCCUAUGGAAAUCGAUUCAGCUCUGAGUACUGUGCAGACACUUAAGAAUGAACUGCAGGAUGCCAAGAUGGCUGCCAUUGAGAGUCAGCUGAAACCACUUCCAGGGGAAACGCUGGAAAAAUGUGCUCAGGACCUGGGAAGUACAUCUAAAGCAGUGGGCUCCUCCAUGGCACAGCUCCUCACCUGUGCUGCUCAAGGCAAUGAGCACUACACAGGGGUGGCUGCUAGAGAGACAGCCCAAGCUCUGAAGACCCUGGCCCAGGCUGCCCGUGGAGUGGCUGCAUCUACGAGUGACCCCACGGCUGCACAUGCCAUGUUAGAUUCUGCUCGAGACGUGAUGGAGGGCUCAGCCAUGCUCAUCCAAGAAGCCAAGCAGGCCCUGAUUGCACCUGGAGAUGCAGAAAGUCAGCAGAGACUAGCCCAGGUGGCCAAAGCGGUCUCACACUCCUUGAAUAACUGCGUGAAUUGCCUCCCUGGGCAAAAGGAUGUGGACGUGGCGUUGAAGAGCAUUGGGGAGUCCAGCAAGAAGCUGCUUGUGGACUCGUUACCUCCAAGCACAAAGCCAUUCCAGGAAGCGCAGAGUGAACUGAACCAAGCAGCAGCUGACCUGAACCAGUCUGCUGGGGAAGUGGUCCAUGCCACCCGUGGCCAAAGCGGAGAGCUGGCUGCAGCCUCUGGAAAGUUCAGCGAUGAUUUCGAUGAAUUCCUCGAUGCUGGCAUUGAGAUGGCGGGCCAAGCGCAGACCAAAGAAGACCAGAUCCAGGUGAUAGGGAACCUCAAGAACAUCUCUAUGGCAUCCAGCAAGUUGUUGUUAGCUGCCAAGUCUCUGUCUGUAGAUCCAGGAGCCCCCAACGCGAAAAAUCUCCUAGCUGCCGCUGCAAGAGCGGUGACAGAGAGCAUCAAUCAACUCAUCACUCUGUGUACCCAGCAAGCUCCUGGCCAGAAAGAGUGUGACAAUGCUUUGCGGGAGCUCGAGACUGUGAAGGGGAUGUUGGGCAAUCCUAACGAACCUGUUAGUGACCUCUCUUACUUUGACUGCAUUGAGAGUGUGAUGGAAAACUCCAAGGUUCUGGGCGAGUCGAUGGCAGGGAUUUCACAGAAUGCCAAGACCGGGGACCUCCCUGCCUUUGGGGAGUGUGUGGGGAUUGCGUCCAAGGCUCUCUGUGGGCUGACAGAGGCGGCAGCUCAGGCUGCAUACCUUGUCGGAAUCUCUGAUCCAAACAGCCAGGCAGGCCACCAGGGCCUUGUGGACCCCAUCCAAUUUGCCAGGGCUAACCAGGCUAUCCAGAUGGCAUGCCAGAACCUGGUGGAUCCUGGCAGCAGCCCGUCACAGGUUCUGUCAGCCGCCACGAUUGUCGCUAAGCACACCUCAGCCUUGUGUAACGCCUGCCGCAUCGCCUCGUCCAAGACAGCCAACCCGGUAGCCAAGAGGCACUUUGUCCAGUCAGCCAAGGAGGUCGCCAACAGCACCGCCAACCUGGUGAAGACCAUCAAGGCCCUGGAUGGGGAUUUCUCUGAAGACAACCGCAAUAAGUGUCGCAUCGCCACUGCACCCUUGAUCGAAGCUGUGGAGAACCUGACAGCAUUCGCAUCCAACCCUGAGUUUGUCAGUGUUCCUGCUCAAAUCAGCUCCGAGGGCUCCCAGGCACAGGAACCAAUCUUGGUCUCAGCCAAGACCAUGCUGGAGAGCUCGUCGUACCUCAUCCGCACUGCACGCUCGCUGGCCAUCAACCCCAAAGACCCGCCCACCUGGUCUGUGCUAGCCGGACAUUCCCACACUGUGUCUGACUCCAUCAAGAGUCUCAUCACAUCUAUCAGGGACAAGGCCCCUGGACAGAGAGAGUGUGACUAUUCCAUCGAUGGCAUCAACCGGUGCAUCCGCGAUAUUGAGCAGGCCUCGCUGGCAGCUGUCAGCCAGAGUUUGGCCACGAGAGAUGACAUCUCUGUGGAGGCCCUGCAGGAGCAGCUGACUUCCGUGGUCCAGGAAAUCGGGCACCUUAUCGAUCCCAUCGCCACAGCGGCUCGGGGAGAAGCAGCUCAGCUAGGACAUAAGGUGACACAGCUCGCAAGUUACUUUGAGCCCUUGAUCUUGGCUGCAGUUGGUGUCGCCUCCAAGAUUCUGGACCAUCAGCAGCAGAUGACAGUGCUGGACCAGACCAAGACGCUCGCAGAGUCUGCCCUGCAGAUGUUGUAUGCAGCCAAAGAAGGUGGAGGGAACCCCAAGGCACAGCACACCCACGAUGCGAUCACAGAGGCUGCCCAGCUCAUGAAAGAGGCGGUGGACGACAUCAUGGUGACGCUGAAUGAAGCGGCCAGUGAAGUGGGGUUGGUGGGAGGCAUGGUUGACGCCAUCGCAGAAGCCAUGAGCAAGCUGGACGAAGGCACUCCUCCAGAACCAAAGGGAACAUUUGUCGACUAUCAGACGACUGUGGUGAAAUACUCCAAAGCCAUUGCGGUAACAGCUCAGGAAAUGAUGACUAAGUCGGUUACUAACCCGGAGGAGUUGGGAGGACUGGCUUCACAAAUGACCAGUGACUAUGGGCACCUGGCUCUCCAGGGCCAGAUGGCAGCAGCCACGGCGGAACCAGAGGAGAUCGGCUUCCAGAUUCGUACUCGUGUGCAGGACCUGGGCCACGGCUGCAUCUUCCUGGUGCAGAAGGCGGGGGCCCUCCAGGUGUGCCCCACCGACAGCUACACCAAGAGGGAGCUCAUCGAGUGUGCCCGCGCAGUCACAGAGAAGGUGUCCUUGGUGCUGUCAGCUCUCCAGGCUGGGAACAAGGGGACCCAAGCAUGUAUCACGGCCGCCACUGCGGUGUCCGGAAUCAUCGCCGACCUGGACACCACCAUCAUGUUUGCGACCGCUGGGACCCUGAACGCAGAAAACAACGAGACCUUCGCAGACCACAGGGAGAACAUUCUGAAGACAGCCAAGGCCUUGGUGGAAGACACAAAACUUCUGGUGUCAGGGGCCGCGUCCACUCCAGACAAGCUGGCCCAGGCAGCUCAGUCCUCAGCAGCUACCAUCACCCAGCUUGCCGAGGUUGUCAAACUGGGGGCUGCCAGCCUGGGCUCUGACGACCCCGAGACCCAGGUGGUGUUGAUCAACGCCAUCAAAGACGUGGCCAAGGCCCUUUCAGAUCUCAUUGGUGCUACCAAGGGAGCUGCCAGCAAGCCCGCUGACGACCCCUCCAUGUACCAGCUCAAGGGGGCUGCCAAGGUGAUGGUGACCAAUGUCACCUCCCUCCUCAAGACUGUGAAGGCAGUGGAAGACGAGGCCACCCGGGGCACACGGGCGCUGGAGGCCACGAUCGAGUACAUGAAGCAGGAGCUCACGGUAUUCCAGUCAAAAGAGGUACCUGAAAAGACAUCAUCACCUGAAGAAUCGAUAAGGAUGACGAAAGGCAUCACCAUGGCAACAGCCAAAGCCGUAGCAGCUGGGAACUCGUGUAGACAAGAGGACGUGAUUGCCACCGCCAACCUGAGCCGGAAAGCUGUGUCCGAUAUGUUGACGGCUUGCAAGCAAGCAUCCUUCCACCCUGAUGUCAGCGAGGAGGUGCGCGCCAGAGCCUUGCGGUAUGGGACGGAGUGCACCCUCAGCUACCUGGACCUUCUCGAGCACGUCUUGGUGAUUCUUCAGAAACCAACCCCGGAACUCAAGCACCAGCUGGCUGCUCUCUCGAAGCGAGUCGCCGGUGCAGUGACUGAGCUCAUCCAGGCAGCGGAAGCCAUGAAAGGAACGGAGUGGGUGGACCCAGAAGACCCCACCGUCAUUGCAGAAACAGAACUGCUGGGGGCCGCGGCGUCCAUCGAGGCUGCUGCUAAGAAGUUGGAGCAACUGAAGCCAAGAGCAAAACCAAAACAAGCAGAUGAGACCCUGGAUUUUGAAGAACAGAUCUUGGAAGCUGCUAAAUCUAUUGCUGCUGCCACAAGUGCCCUGGUCAAAUCGGCCUCGGCAGCCCAGAGGGAGCUGGUGGCCCAAGGAAAGGUGGGCUCCAUCCCCGCCAAUGCUGCAGAUGACGGACAGUGGUCACAGGGACUGAUUUCUGCCGCCCGGAUGGUGGCAGCUGCAACCAGCAGUCUCUGUGAGGCAGCCAAUGCCUCCGUUCAGGGACAUGCUAGUGAAGAGAAGCUCAUCUCAUCUGCCAAGCAGGUUGCCGCUUCCACCGCUCAGCUGCUUGUGGCCUGCAAGGUGAAGGCCGAUCAGGAUUCAGAGGCCAUGAGGCGGCUACAGGUAAUGGUCACUGAUGCUGGUGGGAAAAUACUCCUGUUGGAGCGGGCAGCAGGAAAUGCUGUGAAAAGAGCCUCAGACAAUCUUGUUCGUGCAGCCCAGAAGGCAGCAUUUGGCAAAGCCGACGAUGAUGAUGUUGUAGUGAAAACAAAGUUUGUAGGGGGCAUUGCUCAGAUUAUCGCCGCCCAGGAGGAAAUGCUGAAGAAAGAGCGAGAACUGGAAGAAGCAAGGAAAAAACUGGCCCAGAUCCGCCAACAGCAGUAUAAAUUCCUACCCACUGAGCUGAGGGAGGAUGAAGGCUAAGGCCAGAGCCAAGAUGGCAAGCCCCAGGGGAUGGCUCUGCAGGGACUGGACAGACUGUUCCUGAGAGGCAGGGCACUUACCCAGAAGCUGCCUGCCUCCCCCUGGGGCCAGCCCAGAGCUCUGUGUGCUCAUUCUCACAUCUCUGUCCUGUUGGGCACCGGCUGCAUGAUCGUGAUGUCACACGGUACAGUGUCCCACCCACAGCUCCUCUGCCACCUCCCCUCAUGCCUCGCCAUAUCUCAGGAGAGAGGGGCGCACAUUUCGUGGACUGUUACCAAAAAGGAGAAGUCAGUAUUAUGUCGUUCUCAGACACUCGUGCUUUUGUUGAUCCUUCUCUAGGCCUCUUCCUGGGCCUUUUGUGAAAUCUUGAGAGGAGAAAAAUAACAGCCUGAGGAAAUCAUUGAUGCCAUAGAUAUUCAAAGAUAUUCUUCUCCCUCUCAGGAGAAGGUGGAAGUUGGAGUGGAACACGGUUAAUAAAAGCCAGAAACAUAAACUAUUGUGGACUCCAGGAGGACACCUAGGGUGGUCCUUCUGUGUCUCAAGUGCUGGCUCACCCAGAGGGUGAAGAAUUCCUGCUCCUGUUUGCACGCCUUUUUCCCUCAGUGUGUAAGCUCCCUGUACACUCUAGACCCAUCUUGUGUUCUGUGGCCCAGAAAAUUGAACGAGUAUUUUUUUCCUCCAUAAUCCAAAGGGCAGAGAGGUAUGGGGCACUGUCAGGGCUUGGUGAGCAGGGGCUGUAAUAAAAUGUGUGGGCUUACUCUGCAGAGGCUGUUUCAGUUCAUACAAAUUCAUCCACACAAACCCACAUCCCCCGGAUGACAGUCAAUGCAACAUCCCCCUAAUCUGAAGCAUGCAAGGUGGGGAUUCACCCGAACGAAAGCAAUUCCUUAGUGACUGUCUUCCAAGUCCCACAUUGGCUCCUCUGCUCUUAAUGUGGUCAGAAAUCACAACUGGAAGCUAUCUGUUUCAAAAUCUGUCACCUGUCCUGCCUCCCAAGAUGGACAUUUCCCUUUGUCUUAAUAUUCCUAAAACCUAGAUGCAUCCUAAAAUCAAAAUGAACCUUGCAUAAGAUAGUUUUGCAAUAGAUAGUUUUGCUUAUUAUUGCAUCUUAUAAGUGAAGAUGUAUGGUAUUUUCAGAGUUCAUCUUCUGGAUGCCACUCUUCCAGAAUUCCUUCCCCCCCACCCCGCCUCAUUUUUUUCAGAGCCCUCUCCUUGGAAGGGCAUUUUAUGACCUUGCGUUUACCUUUAAUCUGAGUCUUGACCCGAGAUAGUACCUGAAGGAUGAGUGGCUCGUGGGAUAGAUCCGAAUGCCAGGUAGCAAGGGUCUUUGGAAUAAUUCAUAGAGGGGAAACAGUGGUAAUGGUGGUACGUGGUUUUCAAAGCUGAUAACUGUGGAAGGCAGUCAUCCUCCACCUGUCUGCAGUAAUUAGUGUCAUGUCUCAGAUCUCGUCCACAGGAUGGUUUCAGAAUCCCAGAGUUCAUCUUCUGGAUGCCACUCCAGAGGAACGGGUGAUGCUUCGGUCCUCAAAGGGUGUCACCUUUAGACCUUGCCAACAGCUCUGCUUUAGCAGACUCUAGCCCAUGUCAUGGUUUUAAAAUAUAAUUUAACUUUUGAUAGUUUCCCGUGGGAGACUUGUCAGUGCUACACAGAAUAGAAUUUUUUUGCCCCAACAAGUGGAAAGCGAGAGGAAAGAUGGUGUCAGUGAAAAGCAGGUGGAGAGAGUGUGUAGGGAGGUGGGGAUGGAGGCGCCACCUGUGAGAAGGAGGGGAGCUGGGGGAGCCCUGGCAUCUCGGAAGCUCACAGGCUGUUGGCUCAUCCUCUCUGAGUGUAGGUAGUACAACUCUUCAUCUCUGCCCUGGCUGUGCCCCCUCGUACUUCACAAUGAAAACUGAGGGCCCCGUGGGCUGAGGGUUCUCCCCUUGAGACACUCUGCACAUAGGCACAGGGUGCUCUGAGAGACUCUUAAGUCUCAGAGUCAAGCUGUGUCGAUGCCCUCACAUCCCAGGACUCUGGGUGGCCCCUCCAUUGCCCACCCUCACCCCCUUUUCUUCCAGACUCUGCAACUGCUCUUCUCCUGCCAUUUGACCCCUGUCACGUCCUGGCAUCCCAGAAACCAGGGAAUGAGUUCUCUGUCCCUUCCUCACAGUCAUUUAAAACGUCUACUGCAUUUGAUACAGAAAAACUUCAAGAGACAAGCCAAAUGGAAAGGCCUGUCCUUUACACGUCAGGGAACAGGCAUGGAGCAAAGUUUAUUUUUGUAGGACCCAUAUAAAUAUCCUCCUGUCUGGAUUGUUCUGCUGAUAGAAGCUUUGGAAGUUAGUUCCCAGUUAUCACCUGGUGUAAUGCUGGUUUUUCAUCUGUCCCUUCCUCGUCCCCCCAUAUACGUGCACGCAAAUGGCUCGGUCUUCCCUCAUUUCAUGAAAUGGUUGAAAGACUGUGCUUUGGGCAAUAUUUAAUAGGCGCUACAGCAGGUGUCUCCAUGGCACUGAGGGGGUCUUCUGGUUCUUCUUGAAAGGUCUGUUUGCAUUUGGAAUGUGAGUGUUCAUUUCAGAGCAUCUAACAAAAGAAUGGUUUCAGGAUAAAAUGGCCCCAAGCCUGGAGCAUAGAAAUGCUUCUCUGUGUGAAGGGGAAGCUGGUGUGUGUCCCAUGAGGAGAGCUAACACUGGGCUUUGAAGGCUUCAGCUGAUCUUUGUGCCCAGAAAUUGCUGUCUCUGAAGGUCAAAAAAGGAACCUGAAUUGGACUUCAGAACUGCCUGGUGAUUUGGGAGUUUUGGUUUUGCUUGGUCCUGCCUUUCAAAAGGACGCUGAAGUUACAUUCAGUUACACAACCAGCCCUUGUUUAAACUCUGCUGGUGUCCAGCCGGGUGCGGCCCUGGUGAUCUGUGUAAGCAGGUACAUUGAGUCCUGGGCAGCCGUCCUGUCGGCAUCAGGGGCCUCAGGACCACCUAUGGAAGGGCCAUGUGGCCUCAGGCAAGCCUCCAGAGCAUGUGCUUUGUCACAGAAAACCCCUCAGGGCUUCUUCGUAGGCUUUCCCUGCUUGCUUUCUGGGGGUUUUAUCAGUGAGUUUACAGUCAACCAAAGCCUAUUCCUAAUAUAUCAAAAUAUAACCCAGAGAGAGUGAACCCCACCACCAAAGUGACCCCAAGGCCAAAGCCUCACAUGGGAACCAGGCAGCAGAGACCCUCCCAGGGGAUUCAGGGACCUCCUGUUUCCUCCUUGGCAGUGAACCCCCAACCCUCCCCAGCUCUGAGGUGUGGAGCUCUGGCAGGGCCUCUGGAGAGUCUGCCCUUGAGACCCCAGCGUGGACUAGCAGCAUGUUGAGUUCCCAGACUCCCGGAGGAGGCGUCUCCUCUGCCCACUGAGGCAGUGACCUCCUCUGAGCCUAAGGGGACCCAAAGGAUUAGGAGGAUAUGCUCGCCUCAGGCUAAGAGGCAGCAGAGUUCAGAAACCCAGAGAUCUUGACAGCUGUGCCAGGGGCUCGGGUCCCCCGUCCCCAUAGUCUCCAAGUGCCAACCUCAGGAGGUGGCCUCUUGCGGAAAAGUGUCUUCCCCCACAGGGUCCCCAAGUACCACGUUUAAAAGUCCCCGAGACGACUGCUCUGUCUGAGCAUCUGCUGGGUAUGUUAUGUUUAUGGUCAUUAGGAGCAGGCAUGUGACAGAGCUUAUGUUGACUGAGUUAUAAAAACAAACACUACAAAGAGACAUGUCUGUAAAAGAGGUUUGGAUUUGGCCUUCCUCUGAGCCCACCUCCGGGCCUUGCAAUAAGCAUCCACAUGAGAGUCAGCCCGUCGGUGCGUGUCUCCUAGUUCCCGGAGGCUGGGUUUCACUUCGCCACCUUUUCCCCAAGCUGCAAAAUCCAGAAGCAAAUAGGAAAGUUAAACUCUGCUGCGUGUCAUAAUGUCUUUAUUGGUCUGGUCACAUAAAUUAUUAUUUUUUAUUCACCAGAAAUAAACUUUU